UUGGUGUAAAACGUCAAACGUCGCCGGGUGAACCAUUUCCAUUCAAAAUACCUAGCGAUCCUGCGAACGGGAUGGCUUUGCCGAUGGAACAUGCACUUCGACGAUCGAUGCUGCUGAUCCGUGGACAACCGGAAUCGUCAGACCAUCUGCAAGACAUCCUGUUCGAUACGGCCAUCAAGUACACGCAUACCGGCUUUCGCGUGCUGUUCUUCACCCAGAAACCACUAGAACGGGUUGCGAACAGCAUCCGGGAACAGUUUAGCGAUUUGUUCAAAAUGAUAACCUUCGUCUAUGUGCAAACGCUCGAUGCUGCGCUGAAGCGUCUGCUCGAUCUACAGCGCUGGACCAACUGCAUACCGGGUUUGAUUAUCGUCGAGUCGUUCGAUUUACUGGCCCCAUCGAAUGCAAACGAUAUGCAGCCGAACAAGCAGGACUUUCAGCGUGUCCUGUUCCUUUCCACCCUAGCAGAUACUGUUCGCACGGUUUCGAUAAACCAGAAAGGAACGUGCAACUGCAUCAUUACCACGUCGAACCAUGGUAGCACCAUGGCAACGGUUCCGUUUGAACUUUUCUACCGGAAGCACAACGUACUCGAUGUGGAACAUGUUAAGGAAUCUGCGGACAUUCUUUCGAUUAUGAUGGAAAAUGAGCACAGUAUAGACAAUAAUUUACCGUAAGCUGCUUGUCGGUAAGUCCUGGAACUGUGUUACAAAGCAAAUAUUGUGAAAUGCAGCAUUUGCUAUGUCUUAGAUCAUACAGCUUGCCUUUAUCAGUUUAAAAAAAAUCCUUCACACUCAGAACAGAAGAGACUUCAGAAAGUGGAAUUUGGAAUUACUUUCUUUCACAAUAGUACAUUUCCUCGGAUUGCCACAAACAUCCACUGUUAACCAUCAAACGAACGGUUCUACUGGCGAUAAAUAUGUUGCUUACACAAACAAACUA